CCUCGCCCUUCCCCCCGACCCCGCCGUGUGCUAUAAUCAAGACUUUUCUAAGAAAAGUUGCAUUGUUAUUUAAAAAACAACUAUUCAUUCCAAUUAUCGUUGAGUUUUUAAUUUGUUUUCUAUGAUUUCAAUAUAAUGGAUAAAAUACCUAGGACGCAUGAAGCGAUUGAAGCUCAAAUAAGAGAAAUACAAUCUAAGAAAAGUGAACUACCAGAAAAUGGUGCAAAUAAAGGCGUUUCCCUGGGAGAGACGUAUUACGACAGUGACAUAUAUGAUAGUUCCGGACAGGGAGGUAAAUCAAGGUACGAUGGAUAUGUCACAUCAAUUGCAGCUAAUGAUGAAGUUGAAGAUGAAGACAUAGAAAAUGUACCAAUUUCACAAAAGAGGCCGGGUUACACAGCACCAGCAUCCUUACUAAAUGAUAUUGCACAGAGUGAUAAAGAUUAUGAUCCAUUUGCUGAGAAAAGGAGACCAACUAUUGCGGACAGGGAAGAUGAGUAUCGUCAAAAGAGACGUAGGAUGAUUAUAUCUCCAGAACGUAUGGACCCAUUUGCUGAAGGUGGUAAAACUCCAGAUGUUGGUUCUCGAACCUAUACUGAAAUUAUGAAGGAGCAAUACCUUCGUGCUGAAGAAACAGAGUUACGAAAAAAGUUAUUAGAAAGAGCACGAGAAGGAACUCUCAAGCCUGUAGCACAGCCAAAUGGUGAAGCUGUAAAACCAGUGGCAGCCAAACGCAAGGGACGCUGGGACCAGAGUUCAGAUGAUACUCCAUCUGUAAAAAAGACACUUUCUGCUACACCCAGUUCACAGGCAACACCAUCCUGGGAUACAGAGAGAGGCGCGUGGGAGGAGACGCCGGGCGCGGGCGGACGCGGCGGUGAGACACCGGGCGCGACACCGUCGGCGCGCGCCUGGGACGCCACGCCCGGACAUGCCACGCCCGGACACGCCACGCCCGGACGCGACACUCCCGCGCACCAUGCCUCCCGCCGCAACCGAUGGGACGAGACCCCCAAGACCGAUAGAGAGACUCCCGGCCACAACAGCGGCUGGGCGGAGACGCCCCGUACCGACCGUGGCGGUGUAGACACCAUCCAGGAGACGCCGACGCCGGGCACCAAGCGGCGUUCGCGAUGGGACGAGACACCGGGCGCCACGCCCGUCGCCGCCACUCCCACGCCGUCGCACGCUACACCUUCUCACGCCACGCCCUCGCAUGCCACGCCUUCGCACGCCACACCCACUCCUGGCCACACGCCGGUGUUCACACCGGGAGGGUCAACUCCUGUAGGAGUAAAGGCUAUGGCCAUGGCCACACCCACACCCGGCCAUGUUGCUGCUAUGACACCAGAGCAGCUGCAGGCUUACCGUUGGGAGAAAGAAAUAGAUGAGCGUAAUAGGCCAUAUACCGAUGAAGAACUGGAUGCCAUGUUCCCAGCUGGGUACAAGGUUUUGCCACCACCGGCCGGUUAUGUUCCGAUUCGGACUCCGGCUCGUAAGCUGACCGCAACACCAACACCCUUGGGUGGUACCCCAAUCGGCUUUUUCAUGCAGACGGAGGAAGUCGGAGGGUCCGCUGCAGCCGCGGCGCGCCUGCUCGAUCCGCAGCCCAAGGGUAGCCAGCAACUGCCCUUCAUGAAACCAGAAGAUGCACAGUACUUUGACAAACUGCUCAUUGAUGUCGACGAGGAUACACUCUCCCCGGAAGAAUUAAAGGAGAGGAAAAUUAUGAAGCUAUUACUCAAAAUUAAGAAUGGUACGCCACCUAUGUGCAAAGCUGCUUUGCGCCAAAUCACAGACAAAGCACGAGAAUUUGGUGCGGGUCCACUUUUUAAUCAAAUUCUACCAUUGCUCAUGAGCCCGACUUUGGAAGACCAAGAACGUCAUUUGCUGGUUAAAGUUAUUGAUAGAAUCUUAUACAAAUUAGAUGACUUGGUUCGACCUUAUGUUCACAAGAUAUUAGUCGUGAUUGAACCUCUUCUUAUUGAUGAAGAUUACUAUGCUCGUGUAGAAGGCAGAGAAAUCAUUUCAAACUUAGCGAAAGCAGCAGGGCUUGCCACUAUGAUAUCCACAAUGAGACCUGAUAUUGAUAACAUUGAUGAGUAUGUGAGAAAUACGACGGCAAGAGCAUUUGCCGUUGUAGCCUCUGCUUUAGGUAUUCCUUCUCUACUGCCAUUCUUGAAAGCUGUCUGUAGAUCAAAGAAGUCAUGGCAAGCUCGCCAUACUGGAAUAAAAAUUGUACAACAAAUUGCCAUUCUUAUGGGAUGUGCUAUAUUGCCCCACCUAAAAUCUCUUGUGGAAAUCAUUGAACACGGAUUGGUUGAUGAACAACAAAAAGUACGAACCAUCACAGCCUUAGCGAGUGCCGCUCUCGCUGAAGCCGCCACCCCUUACGGCAUUGAAUCAUUUGAUUCUGUACUUAAGCCACUUUGGAAAGGUAUCAGAACCCAUCGUGGUAAAGGAUUGGCAGCUUUCUUGAAAGCAAUUGGUUACCUUAUUCCUCUUAUGGAUGCUGAGUAUGCUAACUAUUACACACGUGAAGUGAUGCUUAUCCUUAUUCGUGAGUUCCAGUCUCCUGAUGAGGAAAUGAAGAAAAUAGUAUUAAAAGUUGUUAAACAAUGCUGUGGUACUGAUGGUGUAGAGCCACAAUACAUAAUGGACGAAAUUUUACCACACUUUUUCAAACAUUUCUGGAAUCACCGUAUGGCUCUUGAUAGACGCAACUAUCGUCAACUUGUUGAUACCACUGUUGAAAUCGCCAAUAAAGUUGGAGCCUCUGAAAUCAUAAACAGAAUAGUUGAUGACUUAAAAGAUGAUAAUGAGCAGUACAGAAAAAUGGUAAUGGAGUCCAUUGAGAAAAUUCUUGCAAAUUUGGGAGCUGCUGACAUAGAUUCAAAGCUUGAGGAAGCUCUUAUUGACGGCAUUCUUUACGCAUUCCAAGAACAAACAACUGAGGAUGUUGUAAUGUUAAACGGUUUCGGAACAAUAGUGAACCAGUUGGGUAAACGAGUGAAGCCCUACCUGCCGCAGAUUUGUGGUAUUAUUUUGUGGCGUAUGAACAACAAAUCUGCCAAAGUGCGUCAACAAGCUGCUGAUCUUAUUUCCAGGAUUGCUGUUGUGAUGAAAACUUGCCAAGAGGAAAAAUUAAUGGGACAUCUUGGCGUGGUUCUUUACGAAUAUUUGGGUGAAGAAUAUCCCGAAGUGCUUGGAUCAAUACUGGGCGCACUUAAGGCUAUCGUCAACGUUAUUGGUAUGACGAAAAUGACACCACCCAUCAAAGAUCUUCUACCAAGACUGACACCUAUAUUGAAAAACAGACAUGAAAAGGUACAAGAAAAUUGCAUAGAUUUGGUUGGGCGCAUUGCAGAUAGAGGACCAGAAUUUGUGUCUGCUAGAGAAUGGAUGAGAAUAUGCUUUGAACUCUUGGAACUGCUUAAAGCGCAUAAGAAAGCUAUCAGGAGAGCAACAGUAAACACAUUUGGUUACAUUGCCAAAGCUAUUGGCCCUCAUGAUGUGUUGGCAACCCUAUUAAAUAACUUAAAGGUUCAGGAGCGACAGAACAGAGUAUGCACUACAGUUGCAAUCGCCAUUGUUGCGGAAACCUGUUCACCUUUCACAGUACUACCGGCAUUAAUGAACGAGUAUAGAGUUCCUGAGUUGAAUGUACAGAAUGGCGUUUUGAAAUCAUUAUCAUUUCUGUUUGAAUACAUUGGUGAAAUGGGCAAAGAUUAUAUUUACGCCGUUUGCCCGUUACUCGAAGAUGCCCUUAUGGAUAGAGAUCUUGUUCACCGACAAACUGCGUGUGCAGCUAUAAAGCAUAUGGCGCUAGGUGUCUACGGUUUUGGUUGUGAAGACGCCCUUGUACAUUUAUUAAAUCACGUGUGGCCUAAUAUUUUUGAAACAUCACCACAUCUCGUGCAAGCAUUUAUGGAUGCUGUGGAAGGCAUGCGUGUAGCCCUCGGUCCUGUUAAAAUUCUUCAAUAUGCAUUACAGGGUUUAUUCCAUCCCGCGAGAAAAGUUCGUGACGUCUACUGGAAGAUUUACAACACUCUUUAUAUUGGGGGACAAGAUGCGUUAGUAGCUGGGUACCCAAGAAUACAAAAUGAUCCCAACAAUCAUUUCUUAAGAUAUGAAUUAGAUUAUUUGUUGUAACAUGAUUACGGUGUAAGUGUAUUAGGUGUUACAAUUUUGUGAAAUAUGUUGUAAAGUUGCGACUGUCAGUUUUUUCUGCAAUAUACUUGUAUGAGUCGAUAAUUUAAGAGUCUACAAGUUUUAAUAAUAUAUAGGUAUACAGUAAGUCUUAAAGAUAUGUAAUUCAAUUUUUGUUAUUUUCGUUAUAUCAGUACCAAGUAGAUGUUAAUAUAGAAGACUAGUAACACUUGCCUCUCCUU